AGGUAAGCAUUCUAACACUGAGCUAUAGAACACUGAGCUAAAUCCCCAAGCCUUUAUUCAUGUCUCUUUAUGUGUGCCCACGCCCACAUUUUAUUUCGAGACAAGUCUCACUAAGUUGCCCAGACAGGCCUUGAAUUUACUCUGUAACCCAGACUGGCCUUGCACUUUCGAUCUUCCUACCUCAUUUGAGAUUACAGGCCCUUUACCAUCAGGCCCGGCUAAUAAAAUCGUAAUCGAAAUAUUUUAAACACAUCUUUAUGACCACCCACACAAGCAAUAAGGCUGGAACCCACUGCUUUCACUAGCUUACAAAGAAACCGGCUCAGCCGGAGGCAAACUUGCCUGCUCAACAACGGUAUUAGGAAGAAACCAGAGAGAAGUCAGGCCUCCCAGCUGCCUGGGAGUAAAAGGCCUGGAGCUGGUGGCCCACUCAGCCUUGGUCCCCGGGACGGUAAGGGGGUACCCUCCUCAGGUAGCGGCGGCUUUCGGCAGUUUUCCCACCCACGCCCUUCUGGAAGCAUCAGCUUGGACCCGCAGGGCCAGGGACGCAGCCUGGUCAAGGGAUAGGCCUGCGACGGUAACAGAACAGGAGUCCCGAGGGAGAUGGGGUCGGCCUUAGAUAGAGGAAAGGGGCCUUCUGGCUGGGCCCCUAGGGUUCCCGCCCCACCUCACCCAGAGCCCGACGUGGCGCAAGCUGGGGACAGCAAGCGGGAAAUCAUACUGGGGGCGCGGCUUGGGCGGCCCUGUAGGUGCAGCCGAGGGCGGUGCUGCAGGUGCGCUCGAGGGCCCCGCCGAGGGGGUGAGAGCCAGAUCCCUGCAUUAGCCGGGAGCGCGCGCCAGGACACCAGAGCCGAGCCCGGAGGGAGGACGGGCCCCUCUGAAGCGGUCCAGGAUUCUGCGCAUGGCGCUGACUGGAGCCUCGGCUGCCUCCGAAGAGGCAGAUGCAGACGGCGGGAACAAGCCAUUUCUGCUAAGGGCGCUGCAGAUCGCGCUGGUGGUCUCUCUCUACUGGAUCACCUCCAUCUCUAUGGUAUUCCUCAACAAGUACCUGCUGGACAGCCCCUCCCUGCAGCUGGAUACCCCUAUCUUCGUCACCUUCUACCAAUGCCUGGUGACCUCGCUACUGUGCAAGGGCCUCAGCACCCUGGCUACUUGCUGCCCUGGUACGGUAGACUUCCCCACCCUGAACCUGGACCUCAAGGUGGCCCGAAGUGUGUUGCCGCUGUCGGUGGUCUUCAUCGGCAUGAUAACCUUCAAUAACCUCUGCCUCAAGUACGUGGGGGUGGCCUUCUACAACGUGGGACGCUCGCUCACCACCGUGUUCAAUGUGCUUCUCUCCUACCUGCUGCUCAGGCAGACCACUUCCUUCUAUGCCCUGCUCACCUGCGGCGUCAUCAUUGGUGGUUUCUGGCUGGGUAUAGACCAAGAGGGAGCUGAGGGCACCCUGUCCCUGAUGGGCACCAUCUUCGGGGUGCUGGCCAGCCUCUGCGUCUCACUCAAUGCCAUCUAUACGAAGAAGGUGCUUCCGGCAGUAGACAACAGUAUCUGGCGCCUAACCUUCUAUAACAAUGUCAACGCCUGUGUGCUCUUCUUGCCCCUGAUGGUACUCCUGGGCGAGCUCCAUGCUCUUCUUGACUUUGCUCAUCUGGACAGUGCCCACUUCUGGGUCAUGAUGACACUGGGUGGCCUGUUUGGCUUUGCCAUCGGCUACGUGACAGGACUGCAGAUCAAAUUCACCAGCCCCCUGACCCACAAUGUGUCCGGCACAGCCAAAGCCUGUGCGCAGACAGUGCUGGCUGUGCUCUACUACGAAGAGACUAAGAGCUUCCUGUGGUGGACAAGCAACCUGAUGGUGCUGGGGGGCUCCUCAGCCUACACGUGGGUCAGAGGCUGGGAGAUGCAGAAGACCCAGGAGGACCCCAGCUCCAGAGAGGGUGAAAAGAGUGCUGUUGGGGUGUGAGCUUCCUCAGGGACCUGGGGCUGAGCUCUGACAGGGCCUCCACAGCACUGAAGGCUGCUCAGAGUGCCAGCCGUGUGUGGCCCUGAGCAGUAUUGUUUACAUCCUCCUUGGAGUGUGGUUGAAGAGGAGCCAGGGUCUUCCCUGGCAAUGUCAGAGGGCUGCCAAAUCUGUUCACCCCAUCUUGUUUCGGGGAAACCCGCUGGGAGUGGCACCCCUUUCUGCCUCCCCCUGGGGCCUGUCUACCUCCUUAUUGCCUCUGGAACGGGGACCAGCUGCAGCCUUGUUGAGCUGGAUUGAUGAAGAGAUGUCCCACCUUCUUAACACAAGGGAGAUGGGUUGUGACCCCUACGUCUCUGGGGCCCUGGGUAGGCUGCAUAGUAGCUUAGGUGCUAUUAAAUCAGAAACACCCCGGCCUACUUCUGGAGCUAGGUGGGAGCUGCACCCAGGGGUGGCUGAUGAAAAUAACCAUUCACCUCUGCACUCCAUAUUCGCAGCUUUAUUAAGUAGAGCAAUGCACUCCUCCACAGCCUCUAACCCUGGCUCUUCUGCCUGGCUUCUCUUGGCCUAGUGGGGCCACCAUCCUGUUCACAGCCCCUGGCCCUGCUACUGGCUGUGUUGCCUUUCUGUUCUCCCUCCUUCAUCAUCAGUCUCCCCCAACCCCUCCAUCUGAAGAGGCAGGAAGUGGGGUCCCCUCACAGCCUCUGUUCCCAUCAUGAUGGUAAGAGACAUUUAUGUUCUCUGAGGCGGAAGGAGCCCACCGGUUCUCAGAGUUAGCCUGUCACAAAAGUUACAGUGAUAUAGUUAGCUUCUAUCACAAAAUAGCCCAGACCAGGUGCCUCAGAACAUCGGGGGUUGGUUUAUAACUGUUCUGGAGGCAGCAAAGCCCAAAUCAAGGCACCUGUGGACCCAGUGUUUCUAAGGAAAUCCUUUCUGUUCACAUCUUCACGUGGUAGAGGCACAGACAAAACCGCUCAGGUCUCUUGCGUAGCAGUACUAGCCCCAUUCUUGAGGAUUACACUCCAUGACCUGAUCACCCCUAAGCCUUCAACAUAAGGACUCCAACAUGAAUUUGAGGACAGAAGCACUGAGACUAUGACAGCACCACACCCUUAACCUCAGGGUAGCUGUCACUGUCCUAGUCCCUUCUGUUGGGCCUUUUGUCCCCCAUUUCCUUGGGGUAAUGUCUGAUGUCCUUGUCCCUGUCAUGAGAAGAUGGGGAGACCUUGUCCACCCUUGGAUUCCUACUUCCCACAAUCCCAGGUUCUAAUGAAGUUGCUGGGGCCUGAUGCCCUGAGUUGUAUGUGAUUUAAUAAAAAAAAACAAACAGUAAAACAGCAAGAUGUGUGUGGACUGAGGGACAGGGACACAGGGCCUAGAGGGGACCUAAGAGCCAAGUCUGUGGGGACCCAUCCCAGCGGUCAGCCUUCCUGGGCCUGGGACCCUUAGGACAGGGAUUCUCCCUGUACCUACUCUGGGAAGUGGGCGACCAGAGUUCAAGUUUUCAUUGGUACCAGGUGCCACUGGUUGUGUGCUUACUGACUGAGUGCUGUCCACCUGUCACUCAGCUUCACAGCCAUUCCUACCACGUGGGGUGACGGUCAGCCAUUACUGACUCCCCCUCCAUUUUACAGAUGAGGACACUGAGGCUCAGAGAGGCUUGUGAGGGAGAAAGAACAGAAUUCAGAGGGAGAGCUCAGCCUCCUGCUCACUGUGCGAACAGAUACCUAACCAAAUAAACAGCUUGAGGGAGGAAGGUUUAUUGUGGCUCCCGGCUUCAGAGGGUGUCAGUUCACUGUGGUAGGUCACAUGAAUGGGAUCUCAAAGCGUAUUGGGUCCUUGGGUCAACGCUGACCCUAUGAUCCAGUCACUCCUACCAGAAGAAUACUGGGGGUAGAAAUGCCAAAGGCAAAGGAGGCUUUCUGCAGCGUAGUGUUAGAGUUUUUAUUUCCUGUGUACACGCAUGAGGAUUCAGUUUGAAGGCCCCAGGAGAAGAAUACAACCCCCAAGCCAGUAGCCCCUCCUGGCAAUGGGUAAGCGCUGCCACCCUGCACCCGCUUUGCAAAGCCAGCAGAACUACCCAACCCACAUCUAGAGAAAUUACAGAUGGUCCUGAGCCUCUAAAUUAUGGAGAAGCAACAUUCAGCAAUAGAUUCCUAACGCACUAGCCUAGGAUGUGGGGUGGGUUAUUUGAAGGAAACUGGGGUUUCUUAUAGAAUUGUAGGCUCCAAGAAGCCACACUAACAGAAAGCCAGCAGUCCUUGCUCCCACCAGCCAGGGUGCCCCACAAAUGUACCUUGUUCUCACAUCUGGGUAUCUCCUGGUAGAUGGGAGUCUCUAGGUCAGCUGUCACCCAGGGAUCCUCAUGAAAGAGGGUGUGAUCCUCACUCACACCAAAUUGAUCUCUGACCUCACACACACCAAGGCAGAAAAAAAGUAUAUGCAAAUAAGUAAAUGUAAGAAAUUUUAAAAGGCUUUGCAAAUGUUUACUCAUUUAAUUUUCAAAGCAACCUAAUGUGGGUACAGUUGUCUCCCAUAUCACAGUCAGGAAAGAGUGAGGCAUAGCAUCAUGAGUGGCUUGAGCUCCCAUAGUCAGCAAGGGACCGACUUAGGAAUCAAACCUAAGUAGUCCCACUCUCAGCCAUAAACCAUAUUGCUUUUUGAGCAUUAAAAGUAUGUUAUUUAGAGCCAGCAAUGGUAGCUCAUUCCUUUAACUCCAGCACUUGGGAGGCAGAAGCAGGCAUAUCUCUGAGCUCAAGGUUAACCUGGUCUACAGACUGAGUUCCAGGACAGCCAGUACCCCACAGAGAAACCCUGUCUUGGAGAAAAAGAAAAAAUAUUAUUUGGGGCUGGAAAGAUGGGCCAGCUGUUAUCAGAACUCCUCCAGAGAACAGGAGUUAACAGUCUUAACUCACAUAUAUAGGUUUUUAAAAUGUAUUAUCUGUGUGAUACCAUUAUAAUAGCCCCUUAAGGCAAGGACAGGUGGGGUCUCUGCAGAUGACAAGGGUUUGUCUUCAUACGAAAAGGUCCAGGCUCAUGGGAGUGAGUUUAGUCAAGUCACUGCCCUUCUGUGAUGGACCCCUGGGAGAUUUGUACCUCUGGCUGUGUCUGUGAGGGUGUUUUCAGAGAGGACUAGCUAAAGGUGGAAGGCUUGUCUGAAUGUAGGUGGCACCAACCCUUACGCUGAAGACUUGAAGAAGAGGGGAAAGCCAGUGGUGAGGACAAUUUCUCCUCUGUUUCCAUAGGCUAAGCUCCUCUGCUCUGGCACGCCCUCCCUGCCAUGAUGGGUCACUCUACAGAAAUGCUUCCUGGGCUGGAGAGAUGGCUCUGUGGGAAAAAGUACUUGCUGAGCAUCAUGAGAUCUGCAUUCAGAUACCCAAGCACCCAUACAAGAAGCCAGGCAUGGACACACACACACCUGUAGCCUCAGCUCGGGUGGGAGGAGACAGCAGGACCCCUGGGGGCUUGCUGGUCAGCCAUUCUAGCUGAAGUGGUGAAGGCCAGGUUCACCUUACUGAAUUCUAUCUCAAGAAAAUAAGGUGAGAUGUGGUAAGAGUCACUAACUCCCUCUUCCCCUUGAAUGAUCAAGCAUUCCUACAGGCACAGGAGUGUGCACACAGUCCACAGGCCACACACUUGUAC